AAGAGAUUUUAGAUUUUACGGCAUCUGACAGGUGCCGUCAAGUUGGUGUCAGCUGACUUCACUUCGCGUAAUCAACAUGGUCACGCCUAUUUUGAACUGAUUUUGCUUGCAGUUUCUAUGUAAGGCGAUCGCAACACCAGUAACAUUUUAAAUUAUGGCCAGCAGAACUGAUAACCUUGGCCAUCUGGAGGAACAAGUAAGUGAAGUAACCCAUCUGCUGAAGAACAAUGUUGAGAAGGUGGUUGAGCGAGGGGAGAGGAUUGAUGUGCUUCAGUCUCGGUCUGAAGGGCUUCAAGCAAGUUCUUCGAACUUCAGUCGUCGUGCCACACAGGUGCGUCGUACUAUGUGCUGGCAGAAUUUCCGUCUGAACUGCAUCAUUGCUUUAGUUGUUUUGGGCAUCAUUGUAGUUAUUAUCAUUGUUGUUUUAGUGGAAGUGAAGCCCUGGGAGAAAUCUGAGAACAGUGGCAAUAAUGGCACAAAACAAAUCUGAGCUGGCUGUGACUAUGUAAUAUCCAGUGGCAAUAACAAAAUCAAACAUUGUGAUUCACUGUAAAGCAUCAGAUUUGCUCAGUUUAGCAGUGGUGAGCACCAAAGAGUAUUUUAAUUUUUACAAAUUGCCAAGAUUUAGUUCUGGCAUUUCUUCACAUUCUUGUGGCUGCUCAGGGGGAGAAUAGGGGCACCUGCAUAUUCACAUGAAAGAGCAUUUAUGUGUGCAGGUGCUUUUAUCUAGGACUUUCAUUGACUGUAUAAUUUCAUUUUUCAUAAUUUCAUAAUUUCAUUCUUGUUCGUUGGAAUGAAUGUGUUGCAUGGAGAUGAAGUCUGGAAGAUGUUUAGGGCGUGCUUGUCAUGCUCAUGAUUGUCAUUUUAUUUGUUAAUAUUUAUUACAUGCUCUUGACCACCCAGAUAAGAAAUCCAAUUAACAUAUUACAGACAGUUGAUAUUUUCUACGUUUAUGCUUACUUGGUGAAAUGUGUCUUGUCACUCUAGUGUUUGUGCAUUACAGACAAACAAUAGCCUGAUUGCAGUAUUCUUGCUAAUUGUCUUGUUCCUUUACAUUCAGUUAUCUUGUGUGUUGUUGUUAAAAGACAGAUAAGAAUUGAUAAUAGUUAUUCUAAUAUUUAAAGUUAUUAUUAUAAUUAUUAUUACUCUUUAUUACAGUAACAUUACAUGUGGCAGCUUUGCAAUUUUCUUGCUUAUUUCAGAAAGAUGUCAACAUACCCUUGCACAUAUUUAGUAAAUGCAUGUGCACAUAUGCAUGGGUGUUUAUAUGUAGGUGAGUGAAGGGUAGGUCACUGUAUAUAGUUAGCCAAUAUAGUUUGAAUAAAGUUAAUAUUGGAGGGAGUCACAGUUCAGUGCUAUCGACAAAUAUUCAUUUUCUGUAAUGAUGCCAUUGAAGAGGCAAGUAAAGAAAUAAAAAAGGGUGGGGUGUAUGAGAAAAUAAUAGAUUGCAGUCAUUUAAAUUUUUUUUUAAAAUUCAUAAUGCCAUUCAAAAAUUUUUGAAUGCUGCUGCUCUACAUUGUCCUUAGAAAUUGUGUAAAGUCUGGAAGUCUAGGGUGUUUAUCAUCCUGUGACCAUAUUUACCUACAGGGUCUUCAAAGCUUCAUUACUACAACUACAUUUCAAUCAUUCAUUCAGAUCAUAAUCUUAUAAAUAUUUUUUGACAGAACUUAGUAGAGCUAAAUGAAUGACUGUAUGACGAAACAUUAUUGUGAAAGAGGUCUGAAAAUUAAUAAUAAAGAUUGGAACAUUCCAUAUUUCUGCACUGUGUGGAAGCUUUUAGCAAAAAAGUGAUUUUUUAAGCUUUGUCCUCUCUUAUAGCAGAUAAUAUGCAAUCAAAUGCUAGGUCCAAGAGGCAUAGGUGUCUUAUAAUGAAUGAUGGAAAUGUAGUUCUUGGGAUAUAAUGCGUGCAUUUUCUGUCAGCCUUUGUGUAUGUGGAAAUGCUAAUCUCUCACCUGCCUCAUUGCUACCACGCAUCACCUCAGUAAUGUAUAACUUUGUAAAAUAGUUUUUCCCCAAAGGGAUGUGGGGUGUUAGAAUUUUAAGCCGAGAAAAUAACAGCAACACAAUACCAAGAAAGAUGCCAAAGUACAGUGCAAAGUAUUCUCAACAUCGAAGAAUGUUUCACAUUAUUCUUACGUACAGUAUGCUGGCAAGAAUGUGAACUUGUUGAAAAUGUGGAGCAAAACUGUGGUAGGAGAGAGGAAUUCUUGAAAAUAAAAUAUUUUUGUUUAAAUUUA